AUGCUAUCCAAGGGCGCGUGCGUUGCCUUGCUAUGUGCAUUGCCAGUCGUCCUCGCUCAAAAUGUAACGAGCUAUGCACCGAGCUACGUCCAGUGUCCCUCGGAAAGCCUUAUCCGCCACGCAGGCACUCCCCAGGCCCGCAACCAGACCCUACAUCCAGGCGAAGUGCGCUACGUUGCGGAGCGUAAACGCCUCGCGCGUGAAGGUCUCAAGGCCUGGCUGGGCGCCGGCAACCACACAGUGUAUCAUGGCGAACUUGACGACCUCGCGGACCACCAAGUGCCCACGAUUGCGCUCUCGCUCUCCGGUGGUGGCUAUCGCGCCUCCCUCUUCAACGCCGCGUCGCUGCACGCGUUCGAUGCGCGGAACGCGACCAGCGUCGCCAGCGGGCUCGGCGGGCUCUUGCAGUCCGCGACGUACAUGACUGCUCUUUCGGGUGGGUCGUACGUCUCGACGAGCCUGAUGUUCAACGAGUUCCCGCCGCUGCCCGACCUCGUCUUUGGGAACAACGCCACGGGCAUACCAGGCUGGCAAUUGGAUCAGGGCAUAUAUGCGCCCGGUCCCUCUGGCGAGUAUGAGAUGCCUUACAUUGGUGAUAUCAUGUACGAUCUGGUGGACAAGCGAGCCGCGGGCGACUUUCCUGUCUCGUUUUGCGACAUGUGGGGGCGAGCGCUCUCAUACCACUUCCUGCCUGGUACAUCUCCCGGCACGUUUACGACGAACGCAACGGCGGGAAACCAUGGCGCGGCGACAACUUACUCGUCUGCCACAGAAUUGGAUGUCUGGAAGAAUCGCACUAUGCCAUUCCCCAUCAUCCUUCAGAAUGUCAACUCUCCGAACGCCAAAGGCCAGCCAUUCGGAUCCACGGGUACCGUCCCGCUGACGAGCGUCGUCUAUGAGGUCACGCCGCUGGAGUUCGGCUCGUACGAGCCCCAGCUCGCCGCAUUCGUCUCCCUGCCAUACCUUGGGUCAAUCGUCGCCGCGGGCCAACCCAAGAUGUGCGCAAACGGGUUCGACAACGCGGGGCUGAUGAUCGGUACAUCCGCGUGCGACUUCAACCCCUACAACAUCACGAACAACCCUAUCUGGACUUCGCCCCAGGCACUGGAGCCGCUGUGGCAGCGAAUUGUCUCUGCAUUUAAUGAGUCUCAGCCGGGACAGGAGAUGGACGCGACAGGCGUGCCCAACCCGUUCUACGGCAUCAGUUCGGAGUACCAGGACUCGGGAGAGACAAACCUGAAUUUGUUUGAUGGGAGCUUGGACUGUGAGAACGACCCAGUGCUGCCGCUGCUCGUGAAGAAGCGCGCGGUGGAUGUGAUCAUAGUCACGGACUCGUCUGGAGAGACAGACUCCUUGAAGCCGAACGGACUCUCAUUGCUUGCGACACAGGCGAAGGGCGAGAUCCUUCCGGAGGAUACGAUCGCUUUCCCUCGGCCGUUCCCCAACUCAACCGAGGAGUUUGUCGACCUCGGGCUCAACCAGCGCCCUGUCUUCUUCGGCUGCGGGCGGGCCAAGAACCCCGACCAUGCUUUCCCGCUGGUGGUGUACAUCCCGAACGAUGACCCCGCGGGAAUCACGAAUAUUACGACCGCGACACUGCAGCUCCCGGUCGCGAACACAAGCGAAGUCUUCGAGCGUGGGUAUCAGCUCGCAUCGCGCGGCUACGCGGGUGCGAACAGCACCGACCUUAGCGACGUGGACGCAGAGUGGGGGACGUGCGUCAAGUGUGCAGUCAUGGAGCGCGUGCGGACUCGCCGGGGUUACAAACGCACGCACGCGUGCGAGGCGUGCUUCGAGAAGUACUGCUACAAGGGAAAGGCCAUGCUGUGA